AUGACGGUACAUCAGUAUGCUGCUAGGUUUACUGAGUUAUCCCGUUUUGCUACUUAUCUGAUUCCUGAUGAGGAAAAGAAGGCACGCAAAUUUGAGCAAGGACUGAAUGAGAAACUGUAUAGGCGUGUGGUGGGUUUCCAAAUUCGGAACUUCUCAGAAUUGGUGAAUAAAGCAACAGUUUUUGAAAGAACCCUUCAAAGAAGUGCUGCGUUGCACGAACAGAGGAAAAGGACUACUCCUACUGGGUACCAGUCUGGCAUGGACCAGGGACCAUGGAAAAGGAGGAGUGAAGGUAGUAGUUCAGGAAAAAGGCCAGUUCAGAGUAAUCAACAGCCCUACCAGUGUAGGACAUGCAAUCAAGUGCACUCUGGAGAGUGCAGAAAAGGGGCGGGAUUGUGUUUUCGUUGUGGCAAAUCAGGACACUACAUCAGGGAUUGCCCAAUGCAAAAUAGGAGCAACCAGACGUUCAUACCGCAUCCUCAGAGGAAUGAAGUAUCAGCCUGGGGCAGCAAUCAAUGUCCUACUGCGCCUGCUCGAGUUUUUGCACUGACACCUGGAGAGGUUGAGGGUAGGAAUGACGUGAUCACUGAUGCUGAAAGGUUGAGGAACAGGUUAGUGGUUGCGACCCCAACAGGGAAUUCUGAAGUCUGUAGUGAGAUGUUACCUGGAUGCCCUCUUUCUAUAGAGGGAAGACUGAUGCCAGCAGAUUUAAUAGUUUUCCACAUGGUUGGGUUUGAUGUAAUUUUGGGUAUGGAUUGGUUGGCUUCCUACCACGCCAGUAUUGAUUGUGCUAAAAAGGAAGUGGUGUUCAGGCCCCCUAAUGAAGGUGAAUUUCGGUUCACAGGGUCGAAAGGAUUCUUAGCCUGUGUGGUUGAAGCACCAAAGGAAGAGUUGAAGUUGGAACAGAUACCUGUUGUGAGAGAUUAUCCAGAGGUCUUCCCUGAAGAUUUAUCGGGACUUCCACCCGAGCGGGAGGUAGAGUUUGCUAUUGAGUUAAUUCCAGGCACGGCACCCCUUUCGAAAGCACCUUAUCGCAUGGCGCCGUCUGAAUUAGCGGAACUCAAAGAGCAGUUGCAAGAUUUGUUAGACAAGGGUUUCAUUAGGCCCAGUGUUUCACCUUGGGGAGCGCCAUUCCCACAGCUAGAGGCGGAUUUGUUGUCUAUAGCGAUGCUUCUAGGCUUGGUUUGGGGUGUGUACUGA